AGUGUAGCUACUUUGUUUUGAUGAAAAUUGUUGUUUUUUGGUAUUGAACAAAACCAGAUUUCGCUAAAUUAUUAUAUCAAUUGGUACAAAAACAUGUCUGAAAACGUAAAUAUUGAUAUACCUGCAGGGGAGAUGAAUGCCACAGUAGAUAAAAGAGGUUUACAAAAGUACGUUACAGAGAUAGAAUUACUGUUACAAAAUAUUCGUAAUGGUGCUGGUCCAGCCUUGGUUAUGGGAGCCCUCUCAACACGCAGGCCGUGGACACAAUUUGUAGCCACAGAGAACUUCAAGCCUCCAGCAUCCUUGCCGAGACUUACGAGACGAUUUUACCGAAAUGUUGAAUAUUUUCAAGCAAAUUACCUGAUUGUCUUCCUUGGACUGUUUGCUUAUUGCCUGAUCACUUCACCACUCCUUCUGAUUGCUAUGGUGGCAAGCUUCUUUGGAUACCGAAAGUUGACAUCUGGACCAAAUACAUUAAAGCCCAAGAUUGGCAAUUGGGAGUUGAGUAAGACACAACAGUAUGGUGUGGCAGCUGGCUGUUCAAUGGCACUGUGUUGGCUGGCAGGCGCGGGGGCCGUUCUCUUCUGGGUGCUGGGGGCCACAGUUACCGUAGUGGCACUGCACGCGAGUUUCUUCGAUGCGGAAACGUUGCCCGUGGCGGAGGACCAGUUCCCUAUUAUCGAGCAAGUCUGACACCACCACGACCUGCCCCUAUUCCUUCCACCAGCGGCUUCCGAACACCGAGCCUUGUGAUUAUACGAAAAUGUUCGCUCUUCUAAGCAAUAAACAUUAUGUAAUUAAAAGUA